AUGGCCGGCCAUUCCAGAUAUGCGUCCACCCACGCCAGCAGCUCUGCCUUCAGCGCAUCUGCAAAUCCCAAUGAGGACUGGACCAAGAUCUCCGACCUUGCGGAGAGACGACGCAUCCAGAACCGGAUUGCUCAGCGAAACUACCGUAAGAAGCUCAAGAGAAGACUCGAAGACUUGGAGCGCCGGGCUGGAUCGUCUUCUGCCUCGCCGGAACAACAGCAUUCGGAACUGGCUACCCCUCCGGUCAAAGAGACUUCCCAGAAGCAAACUCAGUCCAUGGCCCGCCAGCCAUCGAGAUCAAGUGUGUCCCACGAGAUCCCGAGAGCAUCGCCAGAGCUUUUACCUCUGGAUGACCAUUCAUCACUCUUUGACACUCCGGCUGGACGUCAUCUUUCGAUUCACUCACAACCGGCGUUCACCUUUUCGUCGUACCCACCGACCACAGCAUAUCUCCACUAUGAGCACCAACAACACCCCGCCUUUGACAACCACGCCAACUACUACUCGAGUUACCAAUAUCCCGUCGAGGUGACAUCGUCGAGUCUGCCGCCGACGUUGCCCACCAUGCUACCCUCGGCGUACGGGAAGCAGGACCAGCUGUUUGGCGACGACGACCUGUUAAGUCCCUUCAGCAUGAACUAUGCCUCACUGGCCGGUCUGGAAAUGCCAUCAAACCAUGCCUACUCAGGCGCCAAUUCACAUUCCUAUCUGGAAAGUCGUGGCACGGCCGCCUGUUUCCAUGGCACGCUCGACUUCACUGCUCUGGGCGGGGCAGGCUUUGCCUCCCAGCGGACUGUGGGCGAGGACCAACACUGGGACUUGAGUGCCUUUGCAGGCCUCGAGGUCUCGAUCGAUCCAUUGCAGUCUGACGACAAGCUCUACACGCUGAUCCUCAAGGACCACAUUCUUCCUCCCAAUGCCAGCAACGGCCGUGAGCAGGCCACGAUCUCGUGGGAGUAUGACUUCUCAACAUCCCAGUGCCGCCCCAAGAUCGACAGCCCUACUGCCUCGUCUUGCCAGUCUGUCUUCAUCCCAUGGGGCCACUUGAAACCCACAUACCGUGGCAAACGAACCAGCGCACCCAACGGCCUGGACUUGGGCGACAUCAGGAGGGUCAGCAUCAUGAUCAGGAGCUUCUUUGGAUCACAGCACGGGGAUUUCCACUUGCACGUCCUGUCCAUCAUUGCGGCCUCGACCGCAAAGACCGCAGAGACGCCGACAGCUGUGGCGGGCGGCGGCCACCAAGAACCCCCCAUCGCCACCAGUGUUCCUGUAUCUGGAAAUGAGAGAAGAGAGGGAUGUUAG